CCACAAAAUGAGGUGGCUUCUAUUCUUCCUUCUCAUUUUCCCCACAACAAUAUUUGCGACAGAAUGGGACGCCUACAAUUUCCCGAAUCCAACAGCCGGACAGUUUCAAGAAUGCAAAAUGAGAACGACAGCCAACAUUUGUGAUCCAGAUGGAGUUCUCUCUGAACAAUCAAGAUAUCGUUUGGAUCAUGAUUUGAAACAAUUGGAAACAAGAACACGUCAGGAUAAUGCCAGAACUUUUUGUGAUAAAAAAGGAGUAACAGCUGCAAUGGCUGUAGCAAAACAUGUAAAAGGAGGAACUACAGAAGCUGUUGAAACAAUGGCAAAUGACAUGCUUCGUAAAUGGACAUUGGAUCCUCAGUGUAAAAAAGCCGUUGUGAUAGUUGUAUCAACUGAUGAUAUGAAAUUCUGGGUUGCUCGUGAUACCAAAGUUCCAGUUUAUGCUGAUGAAUUCACACAAAUUUUCAUGCAACAGAAAUCACUUUUCCAACAAGGAAACUAUCAACAAGCACUCACAAACAUUCUCCAAUCAACAUGGGACAAGGCUCUAUCGAAACAAGGAUCUCCGAGACAACCAGACCGUGGAAAUCAAGGGCCCGGAUAUCAAGGUCCAGGAUCAGGAAGUGGUGGACCAGGUGGAUUCAAACUUCCUUCGAUAUUACAAUCUAAAUGGCUUUGGAUUUUUGUCAUUGGUAUUGUUCUUCCAACAUUGUGCUGUUGUUGUUGCAUUUAUUGUUGCUGUUGCCGUGGACGAGGUGGUGGUGGUAAUCAGAAUAGACAACAGGUUCCAACUAAUCCAAUGGGCGGAGGUGGUGGCUAUCCACAACCACCACCACAGCAAGGCGGCGGAGGUGGUGGAGCAGGUGGAAUGUUCAGAAACAUUCUAUCAUCAGGUGGCGGAGCUGCUGCAGGAUCAAUGCUCGGACGAUUCCUUUCGAAUCGCGGCGGUGGCGGAGGUGGUGGUGGUGGAAUGGGUGGUGGAAACCGCGGAUAUGGAUACCAGGGUGGUGGCUCGAAUCCAUCUGGACAGCAAGGACCAGUUUACGAUGAUAAUGGAGGACAAGGUGGAGGUGGAUUGUAUCCUUCUCAAGAGGUCAAAGAUCGUGGUGGUGGUGGAAGCUGGGCUUAAAAAGCUGCAAUUAAGUCUUCAAAUUUUGGAAUAAUCUGCCAUUCUCUUUCCUAAUAAUACCAAAAAUCUCCUAUUUUUUCUCAUUAAUUUUCAAAUGAGCGCUAGUAUUUAACGGGCUUAAAUAAUACUUAAUAAACGAAUUAGCACUUUA